AUGAAUUUGGAAGAUUUAAACUUGUCUUGCAUUGCUAAAAAAAAUUCUAUUUCAGAGAUAGGAAAUAGAGAUUUGCAAUAAUUAGAAUGGAGAUAUUCAGAUUGUUUAAAGCUAAACCAUAACAGUGUUAACAACAGCAAUAAUAAAGAGAAUGUUUUAGAAGAAAUUUGCUAGAAUAGGUAGAGAGACAGCUAUGGGAAACAAAAAAACUUUAGAAAGAAUUCUUACUGUGAUGAAUAAAUACUUAAGGAACUUUAAGAGAAAAAUAGAUAACUUGAAUAGAUUAAUGAAAAUAAUUAGCUUAAGCUCUAAGCACUUGAUAAAGAAAAUGAAAACUUAAGAAAUUAACUUUAAGCUAAAGAAUCAAAAAAACUUAAAUCAACAAUUACCAAUAACCAGAAAACUGCUGUCAGCUAACCACUGAUAGAUGUAGGAUCAUAAAAAUCUAUUGCCUAACUGUAGCAUAUUCCUGAAUCAGAAGCUGAAGAGACCCCAAUUAAUAGACCAACUAUGAAAGGAUAUUAAAGGAACACUAUUUCUUUUACUUAAUAUUCAGCAGGGUUAGAAAACUCUGAUGAAGGGUUAAAAAAGAAGAAGAAAAGUGAGUAAAAAAUUAAAAUGAUAUUAAACAAUGGUGGUCUAAAUAGUUUAGGUUCUAGUGUACGUAGAUUAUUUAGUUCAAAUACUACACAAAACACUCCUUCUUCUUAAGCAACAAGCUAAAUAAAUAAAAAUCUUUUAACGAAUUUUUAAAGUGAAGGAAAAUAUGAGUCUAUAUCAUCAAAAGUAGAUUCUAAUUUAGAAAAAAAGUUGUAUCAUGAUGAGAUAGUAAAGAAAAAUAAACAAAAGUUCAAUAGUUAACAAUAAACACUAAAUAAUGGCGCAACUCAAAAUGAAUCGAGCGAUUUAACUAUGAUAAGCUUAUCUAGCUGUUAAAAUUCAAACAUAAAACCAAUUAAUCUUUAGCUUAAUAAUGAUGAUACAAUAUCAAAAAUUAGUUGCUAUGAAGAUUUCAAUCAUAUUUUCAAUUCAUAAAACUAAAAUUAAAGUGUUAAGCUUAAAUAUUAUUCUUACUUGCUAGAAGAGAGCUAUUUUUAGCAUGAAAAGUUUGCAUAAUAUAUUUAACACUAAUUGAGUAAUGAAUAAAUUGAUUUUGAAAAAAGUAAAUAUGGAGGAGACUAAUAGCACAAUAAAUUAUUAGAAUUAGUAGAAAAAUAAUCAAAACAAAUAGAAAAACAAAAAAAUGAACUUUUAUAGGCAAACAAAAAAUAAGAAUAACUUUCAUAACUAGUUUUGCUUUAUUAAGAUUAAAUUGUUAAAAUGAAUAGUAGCAACGAGGUUGUUUAUAGUUAGGUCAAGCAGAUGUAAGACGAACUCAGCACAAUAGAUCUAUUUUUUUAAUUUGAAGAUGAUUUAGAUUUAAUCCAUUUGAGAGACAUGUAAUUAAUUUCUAAAUUGGAAUCUGUUCCAUCUUUAUUUUAGGAUGGUGUUGAAAGAAUUAAAAUGAAUGUUAAUUAGCUUAAAAAUAGAAUAUUAGAAUUAGAUAAGAUAAUUAGAUAAAACAAAGAAGAUUUUAAUUAGUAUUUAUCAAAUUUAAACUAAAAAUUACAAAAUUAACUUAACAUAUCAAACAAUUAAAAUACUUCAAUAAUUGAGCACUGUAAAUAAAGACAAACAAAUAGUGAGGCUUUGUCAAAUAUGUACUAGAUCCUUAGUUAAACAAUAGACAAAACAAUUUAAGUUAUGAUAGAAUUAUAACAAGAAUCUCAGAAAUAAAAAGACACUAUUAAACAAAAAUCAAUUGAAAAAUAAAAUUUAGAAAAACAUUUUAAAUAAAUAAAUGACUUAUAAAAAAAGGAAUAAGAAGAAAUAAUGUAAAAAUUGCAUGAAUAAUUUAAGAAACUAAAAGAUUAAUAAUCGAAAUUAGAAUCAUAAUUAUUUGAUGUUAAGCUGGACAAAAAGAGAAUUGUUUAUAAGAAAUUAUAAAAAAAGUUGCAAUGCAAAUUUAUGCAUAGUACUGAUUGUAUAGAACAAGAAAUAUUUUCUAAUACUGAGGGAAUUUAAAAAGGGAUUAACAGCGAUAGAAAAUUGAACUUUAAAGAAGCUAUAAACGAAUAUAACUCAGUAACUAAUAAAUAAACUGACGAAGUUACUAGCUUUAAUUUAAAGAAUGUUGCAAGAUCUCUAUUUCUAAUAACCAAAAAUCAACAUGAUAAUUUAUAACAAUAUAAAUAGACUUUAAUUGAAUUUAUGAAACUAUUUGAGUGGCUCGAAGUUUGCGUAGAAGUAGAUUCUGAAGGCAACUUGCAUAUUGAUGAUAGCUUCCUAAGUGAGAUAGAGUUACCAGAAUUAGUAGAAUGGGCAGGCAUAUUUAAAAGAAAUAUUGAAAUAAGUAUAUAGCAACUUAUAAAAAGAUAAAUUGAUAGUAAAAUCGAUUUAAGUUCUAAAGAAAAAAACUAGCUCAAAAAAUUAAUAUAUACUGGAAAUUAUUCAGAUUAUUUUUCCUUAUUGAUAUAAAAUCUUACACAAAUAAAAAUUUGA